GUUUGCAGAGAGCGAAGGACAACAUGUUGCACUGAACUCAUUCAUGGACCUCGAACAAAACUUUAAGCGCAACUUCUGAGUUUUGUUCGCUCCACAGCGGCGUUUUAUGGUCUUGGACGUGUUGUGAUGUUAUUUCCAGUGGCAGCAGCAGCAGUGUCAGGCCACACAAGUUUUGUUUUUAAAUUUUAACCCUAGCAUAGUCUUGCUAGCUGUCGUCGCUGGGCUUCAAGUUGUGGAAAACCAUGAGGACGGAGGAAUUACUCCACAGGAAGGGUUUGCUGUGCCGCUGCGGGACAGGAGAGAGGAGCUUACUUUCCGAUCAGAAACUCACGGUUGAGCGUUUGCUUGAAUGGAGCGGUGUAUUUUGAAUCUGCCAUCCUGCAAGAAGUGUUUCUGUGCCGUCAGGGGGGCAGCGGUCCGACCGGCGGGGAGGGACACGGCGGAGGGACUCCCGGCUGAACACAAACCAGACCGCUUUGGCUCCACAUGAGGCGAGUUGGAGAGAUUAUGGUUGGGAAAAGGCCUGCUGCUCCGUCGCUGCUGCUCCGCCAACAAAGGAAAUAACUGUUGCUUCUUUCCUUUUUCUGCAGUGUGUGGAAACAACAGUGAAAGUGGGCUAACUUUGGUGAAAGUUGCGAGCUUAUGGCCACUGGAGAUUAACGCCUGCGCAAUUACGCACGCACACAUACACACGCGCGCCCUUUGUUUACGCUCCUUGAAAGUCUGAUAUUUUUAAUUCCAGUUAUUGUGUCAACAUUCAGCUCCAGGUCAGUCUGAGUGGAUGUGUGAGGAUGGUGGAGAGCCGGGGCUGUGUCCAGAGGGAGGGGGUGUACCGCUGGUUCUCUUCCCUCACCUCAGCACAGAGAGCAGAGUUCCUGUGCGGCCUUCUGGACCUCUGCGUCCCCAUCGAGCUCCGCUUCCUCGGCUCCUGCCUGGAGGACUUGGCUCGCAAGGACUACCACUCCCUCCGGGAUGCGGAGAUCAAAGCCAACAACCCCGCAGACCUGUCGGGCCUCACCAACAUCACGGACGAGGUGGUGCGCAGCAAGCUGCUGGUGUCCCUCGCGCUGCUGGGCUCGGACAACAGGGAGGCGGCGGGGGUCCUGUACCGGAUCCUGACUCACAUAGACACGGUGAUCAAUAACUACGGGCUGGCGCUGAACGAUGGGAGGACCGAGGAGCAGUUUCUGUUAUUAUUCACCAUGGCCUCUCACCACCCGGCCUUCAGUUUCCACCAGAAGCAGGUGCUGAGGCAGCAGCUCAGCCAGAUCCAGGACAUCCUGCAGGUGAGCAGGGGAGGAGGAGGAGGAGGCGGAGAGGCUCAAGCAGCGGGCCCCGGCGGGGAUCGAGCUGCCGCAUGUUAUGCUCAGCCACAUCACCACUAUCACCAUCAGACCCUGCCCCCGCCACUGGCAUCGCUGUCCCCCGCCGCCUCUCUGCCCGAUGCCAGCGCUGCCCAACUGCCUCAGUCUGCCUGCCAGCCCUGCCACACUCACUGCACCUGCUGGCACAAGAGCCAGACCAGAGAGGCCGGCACAGUUUCAGGGCUUGGCUCGGGGGUCUCCAUGGGACGACGAGAGCAAGCGGUCAGCCAGGAGCUUACCCCGCCUCAUCCGGACCUCCCUCCUCCUCCACCUCCUCCUCCCCCUCCUCCUCCUCCACCACCUCCUCAUCUGCCUCCUCUACCUGCUGGGCAGGGUCAGGAUGCAGCAACCAAGAACCAUCAGGGGAAAGCAGGAAAAGUGGUGAUCGAGAGGGUGGUGCUGAGAGGAGUGACACAUAAGUCUGAAGACACCAGUGAAUAUGUGUUUGAGGCCAACUGGUCCGAUGGCUUUGUGUCCUCAGUCGUCAAAACUCAGCAGGAGGUAACGGAGCUGAUGACCCAGCUGUCACAAGCAUUUCCUGACGACGGAGUGGAGAAAUUCCCUCAGUCCAUUGAGCUGGACCCCAGGUGUCUGACAGCACUGCCCUGCCAUGUCCUCCAGCACCACAGCAUCCAGCUGUUCUUCACCUCCACCAGGCCUCUCUCACCCAGCUGUCCUCCUGCCUCCCUCCCCUCCUCCCUCCCUCCAUUACCCUCCCCACUUCCUACGGCUCCUGUAGCCCCGACCUGUCCAUUUACCUCCAGCUCUAACCUUGGCUGUAUGGUUCAGUACAGAGGAGCCAACAGGGCGGUGUACAGAGUGGCCAGCGUCCAGCCCGUCGUCAGUACCCACAGCUCUGUCAUGACUCGCCCCUCUCCUCACCUCUCCUCCCUCCCCCCUCCUCUGCCUCCCUCCAUUCCUCCUCCCCAGCACUCCCCCCAGCUGUCCUCCCUCCCUCCCCCUGUGCCAGCCCUGCCCGCCCAGUGCUCCUUGGCUGGCGGAGGUGAACCCUCCUCUCAGCCGCAUCUCCAACACAUUCAGUCGCACUCAUACUCUCCGCAGCACUCCCAGCACCACCUCCACCCUCAAACCAGCAGUCAGUCCAGCGUACAGCCUCAGUCCCUGCACCUGUCCCAUUCCCAACCAGCAUCCCACUCACAUUCCCAGUCCCUUUCAUACCCCCAGUCCCAUUCCCUGUCUCGUUCCCAGUCCCACACACAGGCACCGUCCCAGUCCCAGCUCAACACUCCAGAGCAAAACGGCAUCCUGGACUGGCUGCGCAGGCUCCGGCUCCAUAAGUAUUACCCUGUGUUCAAACAGCUCACCAUGGAGGAGUUUUUAGCGCUGACAGAGGAGGACCUGAACAAGUACGACCUGACCCAAGGAGCAAAGAAGAAACUCAAGACACAACUAGAGCUGCAAAAGACUCAACUCGAGCUACAAAACCGGGAGAUGAAGAUGGAGAAGCGGCCCUGCAGCGGCAUCGCCAGGGUGACGCCUUCCAGUCACAUUGGACCCUCAGCACAUCCCACCUCCACCGCAGGAGAGCUGCGUGUGGAGGUGGACGCUGCGCCGCACCAUCACCCCGUCUCAACAGACAGCAGCUCGUCCUCAGGCUACUCCAGCUCUUCCUGCUCCCCCCGUACACCACUCUGCUGCGACUCCACCUUCGAGAGGACCAGAGACAUUCACAGGCGUGUGUCAGGUCCAGACACAGCAGGAGGGGGUCCAGAGAAGGAUCGGUCCUGUCUCUUCAUCCUGAACUCCAGCUGCCCCACAGGCUCCAGUCGUCCCACAGCCCAGGUUCUACCUGUCCAAACCGAUCCAGCUCCUCCUCACCCUCCGUCCUGCUCCUCCCACCACCCCCUCGCUCUCCCGCAGUCUCCUUACCACCAACAGGCCAGUUUUCCCCAGACCCUUCUCUCUCCGGUCUCAAACCCAGCACGCAUCCUGACCUCCCCUCGUAAGCCCAGGCCCCCUCCACUGUGCACCGAGGACAGGACUAAGCCGCUGGGCUCGGGCCUGCCUGUAGCCGGCGCAGGCUUCAGUACGGGGCUCAGUGUGGGGAUGGGGGUGAGGCUGGAGACCCUGUUCCCUGGUCUCAACAUGGACAGCUCCUCCACACUCCAGGACUCGCUGGUUUGCCGCGGCCUGGCGGGAGGCGCCGUGGGUCUGAUGGUAGAGACCAGCUCUGCUCUGACCUCCACCUCUAACAGCCUUCACCACGUCUCCCACCCCCCUCUGCACUUCCACCUCUCGUCCUCUUCAUCCACUUCUCCAUCUGGAUAUUACUCCUACCCACCUGCCUCGUUCUCUUCCUCCUCCUGUCCCUCCACAAAGUCUGGCAGCUCCAUGGCAACUACAAGCAGUGUCCCUGUGGCUGCAGUGCCUGGCAACACUUACUUCCCAGCCCCAAAUACCUCUAGCCCCUCCCCUUCACCCUCCUCUGCCUCCUCAUUGGAUCAAAGUUCAGGUCACACCCCCUCCAUGUGUGUCUGCAGCUCCUGCGGUUGUCGGGGCAACUGUGGUGCCUACGGGGCGUUGCCUGGAUACGCAGCAGCUGGGUACCUGCAGCCGUUCUCGGCUGGCCCCUCGCUCUUCACCCUGGGUCCCCUGCUCCACCUCAGCCCCCUAAUUGCCUCGUCCAGCGCCACCGGCCCCGGAGCCUCGCCCUUCUCCUACCCAAUGAUGGUGCCACCGCCUCUCUACCGCCACAGCCCUGUGUCACAUGAUCAGCAGCAAGGUUUUGCCUUUUACCAGCCCCAUGGUAUUGUGGGAAAUGGGAGCCAGAAACGGGCAGCAGGGAACGUGUCAUGUUACAACUGCGGUGCCACAGGACACAGAGCCGAGGAGUGCAAACAGCCGGCCAUGGAUUCAGCACAGCAAGGGACAUUUCGACUGAAGUACACUCCUCACUCUGACAGUAAGGACUCAGGGGACUAAUAGCAGAAACACCGCUGGAUUUGAACUGUCAUACUGACACAUCUGUACCUCAUGUUCCUGCUGAAGUUAGCAGGUGGCAGCUUCAGACAGCCGGCCUUUGGGUACAACGAGGCAACGCGAGUCUGUUCAGAGGAUGUUAUUCUGAAAGCAUCGACCCACUGUAUCUUUUGUAAUUAUUUUACAGCAGCUUACAGAGGAAUGAAAGGAGGACAGAAAAGUAAGAUGUGAAAAGACAAGGAGGAGAGGAAGAGGAAAGGAGCAGUUGUUACAGUCUGUGUGGUCAGAUUAGCUUUCAUCCCCUCUCAGUUUUCCAAAACACAAGUCACACGGACAGUUGGAGAUUUGUUAAGCUCUGCCUCGCUUCUUUUCAGAAGCAGCAGAACUGUCAUGUCACCUAAGUUUCCUACCCCGUGAGUCUCAAAAUCUGCUUCCAGGCAGGAUGACUCAGCAUUUCUACUCUUCCAGAUGGCUCACAAACCAAAGUCAAAGCACUCCAGUAUCCCAAUUAAACCAUCGGCUUUACGUGGAUGAAAAUGCACUCAUGAUGCUUGUUAAAGGAUGCAUCAUGGAUCCUGCUGAACCUGCUAAUCCAACCCUGUUCAGGUGGUCUAAACUUCACAGAGACCAACACCUGAAGAUGAAUUUAGGCACUUCCAUAUCAAGUUGUUCAGCAUUUUAAAGAAUAUGAGUGUAGAGACGAGUGAGGAGAGCUCCACGCUACCAAGGAUUACACUACAAGUUUCAGUCCAACAUAUGAUGAUGUCCACGAGUCAAGAAGUACGUAUUGGGUCGAGAAAUAUGGACAUGAAGUAUCUAGUCCUGGAUUUAGGACACAGCAUCAUCAUCACUGAAGUGUGUGGACAGGUCACGCUUGAAAACCUGGAUUUCUCUUUAGCAGCUGAAGGGUCACUGCACCAGCCACCUUCUUGUCCACCAGUGCCUGGGGUUUAAACCGUCACCUUCGGAUGAUCUGCAGCCUCUCUACCUCUGAGCCAACCUGAGAGCAAAAUGUCCUCCAAUGCCAAAUACCGCUCCUUUAUACCAACACAAUCAGAAUAUUUUUCAGACACCUCAAAAACUUUUUUAUGGGUUUACAGCAGGGUCGGACAUUUCAAAAGUGCCAAUGAGUUUCAUUUUUCAUUUUCUUGAUGUAAGUGAAUCCAUUUUAGCAGCCUUGAUGUUUAUAACAAACUUUUUCUCACUCCAGGAGAGGCGGAGCUGACUCUUUCUGCACAGACUUUAUGCAAAAGACGAUUCAGGACUGUUAAAAUGGGAGUCUCGGUAAGUUAGAAAAUUUUUCACAGUGCAUUCGAGUCUGUGACUGUGAGUGAGUUGCUGGGCAGGACCCAGAGACACGAGGACAGCUGGUCCUUUAGAUGAAACUCUAUCUGAGCCCCUGGAGGGUGCAGCAUAGGAACACGAGGUGUUAAUUUAAAAUCGUAAAUACUGAACAUUCAGUAUGUUUAACAACUGGUUGUUUGAAAUAUGUCAACAAUGUACUUUUGUAUUGUAAUAUAAAUGUAUUUUUUGUUGUCAGCUGUUCAGCUCAGUGUUCAUUUAAAUUUCAGUGCAACUGACUAUGAACAUGGCUGCAUAAAAAUACUUCAUACAUUUUUUAUAAUGGCUGAAAAGUACAAAAAAAUGGCCUUAGAUGAUACCAAAGAGCGCCUUCUUUUGAGGGUUUUUUUGUUUUUUUGCCACACAGCUCCACUUUAGUAGUUUUUUAAGUGUUUAGUUUUGCAGUUUAAAGGUUUUAGCUAGACAUGAGUCUGAAGAGCGCCUGGUUUAACUGAUGCUCCAGCAUGCAUGUUCAAAUGUGCUUUUGAAGUAUUUGCGUUUAAAUGUUUUAUAUUACUUUUUGUCUUUUAAAACUUGUUUGACCUAAACUUCAAGGGAAAACAUGUUUGAGUAAUAAAAUAUUGUAUUGUCUUUCAUCA